AAGAAAAUUAAGAAACGUUUUUUUUAGAGAGAGAGAAUAGGAGUAUUCUGUUCGAGCUUAUCGAUCUAGACAGAGAAAGUUGUUUUUUCCUUUUUCUUUAGAGAGAGAAAGAACGUAUUACGGUUGCCGAGUUAUAUAGUCACCGGAAUUUUGUAAUUGCGGUGAAUCGGAGGUUCGGUGCCGUGUUUUCUGAAGUAUAACCGGAGAAGAAGAGAAAAAAGAAGAUAAUAUGGUGAAUUCAAUGGUGGAACGGGCUACGAGUGACAUGUUGAUCGGGCCAGACUGGGCUAUGAAUAUCGAGAUCUGCGAUAUGUGUAAUCACGACCCUGCACAAGCAAAGGACGUUGUUAAAGGUAUAAAGAAGCGCAUUGGGAGUAGGAGUCCAAAGGUUCAACUUCUUGCUUUAACGCUAUUGGAGACCAUUGUUAAGAAUUGUGGGGACAUUGUCCAUAUGCAUGUUGCAGAGAAAGAUAUUUUACAUGAUAUGGUGAAGAUAAUGAAGAAAAAGCCCGACUUUCAUGUCAAAGAGAAGAUACUGACUCUUAUAGACACCUGGCAAGAAGCAUUCGGUGGUGCACGGGCUAGAUAUCCUCAAUAUUUUGCAGCAUACCAGGAAUUGUUGCGUGCUGGGGCAGUGUUCCCUCAGAGAUCUGAGAGGUCUGCACCUGUAUUCACACCUCCACAAACGCAGCCUUUGUCAUCAUAUCCACAAAAUCUGCGCAAUAGUGAGUUUCAGCGAGAGGGAGCUGAAUCAUCUGCAGAGUCUGAGUUCCCGACAUUGAGCUUAACAGAAAUUCAAAAUGCACGGGGUAUCAUGGAUGUACUUACAGAGAUGUUGAGUGCAUUAGAUCCGGGCCAAAAAGAGGAACUUAGGCAGGAGGUGAUUGUUGAUCUGGUGGAGCAGUGUCGUACAUACAAGCAAAGAGUGGUACAUCUUGUCAAUUCAACUUCGGAUGAAUCGUUGCUUUGUCAAGGACUUGCAUUGAAUGAUGAUCUGCAGCGUGUACUAGCGAAGCAUGAGUCACUUGCCUCGGGAACUCCUGCUCCAACCGAGAAAACCAAGGCCAAGCCUGAGUCUGGUGGAGCACUAGUGGAUGUUGGUCCUCUAGUUGAUACUGGAAACAACCACAAACAACCUGAUCAAGGAUCUCACGGGGUAAUGAACCAAUUGUUGCUCCCUGCACCUCCUGCAACUAAUGGUUCAACUACUCCCUCAGCUGCCAAUCCCAAGAUGGACCUGUUGAGUGGGGAUGACUUCAGCUCACCAAAGGCUGAUACUUCACUGGCCCUUGUUCCUGUUGGAGAGCCACAACCAACUACUCCAUCAUCCCAGCAGAAUGCACUUGUUCUCUUUGAUAUGUUUUCUGACAGUAACAUUUCUCCAAAUGCUGUAAAUGUGCAGCAAAACGCUAUGCCUGGACAAACCAAUCCUUUGACUCCACAUAUUCAACAGCAAAAUAAUGUUCAGCACCCAGAAACUGGAGUAUACUCUAAUGGAACUACCCCAUACAUGGGAUCACCACGCUACGAGCAGGCGGUUUACAUGCAAUCUGCUGGUCCUGCCUGGAAUGGACAAGUUGCUCAACAGCAACAGCCAGCCUCACCCGUCUUUGGUGCUCAAAGCAGCGGGGCUCUACCUCCUCCUCCAUGGGAAGCUCAACCAGCAGAUGGCAGUCCUUCAGCAGGCUCUCAAUACCCACAACAAAUGCAACUCCCCCAGGUGGUUGCAACACACUUGCAACCAACGGCAAGUGGCAUGUAUACUCCAGGACUACAACCCCCAGGAAAUGAUCAUGUCGUGGGCAUGUAUGUUCAACCCAUUACAAGCGGCCAGUUACAAGCAAUCAACAACCCUGUCGUACAUAACCAGUAUGGUAUGCAUCCUCAAGGAGGGCAAUAUAUGGGUAUGCCCCCACAGCAAAUGCAACAUGCGCAGAUGGCUGCCAUGUAUCCUCAGCAAAUGUACGGCAACCAAAUGGCAGGAUAUGGGUAUGCUCAGCAACCAAGGGGGCAGUUCCUUGAGCAACGAAUGUAUGGACUCUCGGUUACAGAUGACAAUGGUUUGAGGAACUCGUCUUAUCAGGUUUCUACUUCAUCUUAUGUGCCGUAUAAGAAACCUAACAAGCCUGAAGAUAAGCUAUUUGGAGACUUGGUAGACAUUGCAAAAUUCAAACCUAAUACCAAAACUACUCCUGAAAAAGCUGGUAGCAUGUGAUACCUGUGAUUGAUUGCACUUUAUUCUUCUUUUUUCGCUCUGUUUUUUUUUCUUAAGUCACUCCUUAUAUGCUUUUUUUUUGUUCCUUUUAUAAUUUCAAUAUUUUUUUUCCGGCCUCAUUUCAUCCUAUAUUUGUGCUUUUUUGGCAAUAUGUACAUUUUAUGUAGAGAGAAAAAUAUUAUAUCGGCAUUCAAAAUUAGGUUAGCCAUAAAGACAUGUUUCUAUUAGAUUUGGAUUGAUAUGUAAUAUAAAGUGAAUAAAUAUUUUAUUCAAGCCUAGUACAUGUAUAUUUGCCA